AUGAGCAAGUGGUCGAAAUACAGCAAAAAAUACUGUAAAGAGUGGGAACAAGAGGACGGGCUCAAGACGUGGAUAAGGAGUAUACCCGGCGAUGAUACUCAUGCAUCCUGCAAAUUUUGCAAAACUGUGAUCAGAGCCCAUCACAGUGACCUUAUCAAGCAUGGUCUGACAGCAAAGCAUGAGAAAAAUGCUGCUCCAUUUUCUAACAUGAGGACUCUGUUUCAAUCAGGGUUAUCAAGAACAAAAGUCACUAGUGAUGCAAAAGUUGCUGAGCUGAAGUUAGCAGCUCACAUUGCUUGUCAUUCAAGCGUCAGGACAAUCGAUCACAUGGGCGCGUGGGUGAUGUGUGAGUGUGGCUGUGGUCGCGGACAACUGAAGCGGACCAAAGGCACUUGCUGGGAGAGAGAGGGGAGACCUGUGCACCGCUGUGCUGCACUGUGCUUAGAUGUCCUUGGUUCACUCCUGAGGCUGUACCAUUCUUGCCCCUAUUACCAGGCCAGCAUCCAGGCCGCCGCCCUGCCUGGCACUGACGGCUGUCUGGCCUCCCCGAGGGUCCCUGCAGGACUGGACGCGGCGUGUGCUGGCGGGAGUGGUGCUGCGGUGGAGGUCGUGAGGCCGGGCAACAGCAUGAGCGGCCGGCGGCGGCAGCAACAGCGGCAGCAGCAUCAGCAAGCCUCAGGUGUGGGGAGGCGCAGGUGUGGUGGCAAGAAUCACCUGGAGGCAGGCAGCUCUGUCCACAGAGGAGAGAGCAAGUUUGAGUGCCAGCAGUGUGACAAAACUUUUGUAUCCAGACAAGGCCUUAAGUACCACACCCUGACACACAGUGGUGUUAGAAAUUAUGAGUGUGGUGAGUGUGGGAAAAAAUUUACCUGUAAGUCUUCUCUCACCAGACACACCCUGACACACUGUGGUGUUAGAAAUUAUGAGUGUGGCGAGUAUGGGAAGAAAUUUACCCAAAAGUCUUCCCUCAACACACACACCCUGACACACAGUGGUGUUAGAAAUUAUGAGUGUGGCGAGUGUGGUAAGAAAUUUACCCAAAAGUCUUCCCUCAACACACACACCCUGACACACAGUGGUGUUAGAAAUUAUGAGUGUGGCGAGUGUGGGAAGAAAUUUACCCAAAAGUCUUCCCUCAACACACACACCCUGACACACAGUGGUGUUAAAAAUUAUGAGUGUGAUGAGUGUGGGAAGAAAUUUAUCCAAAAGUCUCACCUCAUCAGACACACCUUGACACACAGUGGUGUUAGAAAUUAUGAGUGUGAUGAGUGUGGGAAGAAAUUUAUCCGCAAGUCUCAUCUCACCACACAUACCCUUACACACAGUGGUGUUAGAAAUUAUGAGUGUGAUGAGUGUGGGAAGAAAUUUACCCACAAGUCUUCCCUCACCUCACACACCCUGACACACAGUGGUGUUGGAAAUUAUGAGUGUGAUGAGUGUGGGAAGAAAUUUAUCCACAAGUCUUCCCUCAACACACACACCCUGACACACAGUGGUGUUAGAAAUUAUGAGUGUGAUGAGUGUGGGAAGAAAUUUAUCCGCAAGUCUCACCUCACCACACACACCCUGACACACAGUGGUGUUAGAAUUUAUGAGUGUGAUGAGUGUGGGAAGAAAUUUACCCACAAGUCUUCCCUCAACACACACACCCUGACACACAGUGGUGUUAGAAAUUAUGAGUGUGAUGAGUGUGGCAAAAGAUUUCCUACCAUUUCUCGUCUCAAUAAACAUACCUUCAGACACACUGGGGUGAGGGAGUUCGAGUGUGAUGUUUGUGGCAAGUGUUUCAAGACAAAGGCUGAGAUUGCCCAGCACGUGAAGAUCCACUUCUGAGGUGGUGGUGUGUGGACACAUGGGGCCACACCUGUACCUGUGGUGGUGGUGGUGGUGGUGGUGGUGGUGGUGGCUGUGCCUGUGUGUGCUGUGAGGGAGUCAUGGCCCCAGCAGUUCUGUGUGGUGGUGGUGGUGGUGGUGUGGGGGAGUCAUGGCCCCAGCAUUUGUUUUGUUGGCAGUGCAGGUGUGACUUUCAAUAAAUGUGUGUGUGCGGUAAACCUUUGUUUGUGUAUUCACCAGGUGUAGUAUACAGGGCCUCAGCUACAGGAAUAUAUUGUAGUGAGGCAGCCCCUCUCUCUCCUUGCCUCAAGUGUUUGUGUAUUCACCAGGUGUAGUAUACAGGGCCUCAGCUACAGGAAUAUAUUGUAGUGAGGCAGCCCCUCUCUCUCCUUGCCUCAAGUGUUUGUGUAUUCACCAGGUGUAGUAUACAGGGCCUCAGCUACAGGAAUAUGUUGUAGUGAGGCAGCCCCUCUCUCUCCUUGCCUCAAGUGUUUGUGUAUUCACCAGGUGUAGUAUACAGGGCCUCAGCUACAGGAAUAUAUUGUAGUGAGGCAGCCCCUCUCUCUCCUUGCCUCAAGUGUUUGUGUAUUCACCAGGUGUAGUAUACAGGGCCUCAGCUACAGGAAUAUAUUGUAGUGAGGCAGCCCCCUCUCUCUCCUUGCCUCAAGUGUUGUGUUUCCCUUUCUUUUUGUCUCUCCUUCACACGUUAGGUUAUGUUAAGUCUGGCACCAUCUUUGCCUCUCUCUCUCUCUCUCUCUCUCUCUCUCUCUCUCUCUCUCUCUACAGGUGAUGGAGCACACAAGUGUAGCAGCUAACAGUUUCUGUGUAAUUGUCGUGGUGGUGACUUUCCUCCUCAUGUUCUCGUCCAGGAAGGGAAAGGCUGCCCUCGUGUUCCUCACCAUCCUGUUGUGUCACCAACCGUGUUGUCUGUGUGCUUGUUUGGUGAUGGCUGGCCCUGCAUCACUGCGCCCUCGUCUUUGCUCCUUCACUGCUGCCAGCUGUGUCCGUGGUCAUGAUGAUGAUGGUGGUGAUGGUGAUGAUGAUGGCGAGCGAGACAUUCAAAGGAGGGCGUGCACGUGCAUGGUGGUGAGCAGGUGAUGAUUGGAGAGGCACAGAACGUUCAGGAUGGAGGAGGAGGAGGAGCAGGAGUCUUUGUGUAUAGGAAGGAGAGGAAUGUAAGAGGAGAAAAGAUAGAUGUAGGCAGCUCUGUCAUGAGAGAAGGCGGCAGAGUGCACAGGCCACCCUGGAAUGUCGUGAAAGGGUUGCGGUGGUCGUGGUGUGCGUGAAGGGGGAGGGUGAGAGGGCAGGCAGAGACAACACCAAGAGUUAACCAGUGUUCUCGUUCAUUCUUCCCUUUCUCAGGUAAACUGUGGAACUCCCUGCCUGCUUCUGCAUUUCCUCCUUCCAAUGGCUUCAAGUCUUUCAACGAGGGGGAGGCUCAAGACAUCGUUUUAUUUAUCUAUUUUUAUUAUUCUCAUUUUAUUUGGCUCCUCUACAGGAACUGGCAUUAAGUUGGCUUUUUUAUUCAAAUUUUUUGUUGUCCUUUUCCAACAGCCCUCUUACAUAAAAGAAAAUAACUAACUAAUAAUAAGAAAAGCCAGUGCCACAGGGUGGCAAAACCACGCUGCCUGGAGACAAUGUGCAUGGCGUGCCAGCUGUACCAAUGGAAGGAGUAUUGAGGCAGUGAAGGAGUCCCUGGAGACAAUGUGCAUGGCGUGCCAGCUGUACCAAUGGAAGGAGUAUUGAGGCAGUGAAGGAGUCCCUGGAGACAAUGUGCAUGGCGUGCCAGGUGUACCAAUGGAAGGAGUAUUGAGGCAGUGAAGGAGUCCCUGGAGACAAUGUGCAUGGCGUGCCAGCUGUACCAAUGGAAGGAUUUCAGCUGGAAAGAAAUUGCAAAAUAUAUAUAUUUUUCAUUGGAAACUUUGUUGUAGCUGCUUAUAAAGACCUGACGCAUUGCUUCUGGUGCUCCUGUGUCGUGUCACAGGGAAGGGGACAGGCUGGUUAGUCAGACUUAACCCUCCCUGUGUGAAUGCAUGUUGCUUCUCGCCAAACACUUUCCUGGCCUGUAAAUCUGUCAGUGUUGCAUCCCUGACCACUUCCCCCAUGGUUUGUGAUGUGCUUGUAAGACUUGGUGGGCACCGUCACUCUGGCUCGUCUUUUGGCUUUCACUUCGCCUUUUUCUCAUUUAUUUGCAUUAAUAUGAGCAUUGUGUAUAUAAUUACUUGUAUUUAAUGAGACAAAAAGGAAUUACCAUUGUAUUUUCGUUGAUAAUUUUAUAGAAAUGUAUGGUGAACAACAGGUCUUGUUCUUGUCUGCGACCAGUCCGUCCGCUCCCCGAGUCCCCGUCCCAUAGUCUCGUAGUCGUCAGUCAGUCGUCAGUCUCGCGCGUCGCGACGCAGGACAGGACUUUCAGUUUUCGUUAAAAAUGUCUGAAGAGAAAGGAAAGGAGAGAGAGGAGGCAUGUGGUGCAGUGCCGAAAAAAGCGAGACGGAAACAGAAAUAUAGGCCCGAGUGGGACAAACAGUUUCCGUGGGUGGGGCCUGCAAAGAAGGAUGCUUGUAAGGCCAUGUGCCUUAUUUGCAGUGUUGAAAUAACCGCCCAGCUCACAACUCUCAAGUUGCACGAAAACACUGCAAAGCACAAGAAAAUGUGUGCGCCAUCCUCAUCCAAAAUACUUAUGGAGUCAUUUACAAGUGCACGUGGUGAUAAUGAAACUAGUAAAAGUGAUUCUGUUAAGGCUGCUGAAAUAAGGCUUACUGCAUUUAUGGUGGAACACAAUAUAAGUCUCCGUGUGGCCGAUCAUCUGUGUGAAGUCCUGAAAGGUUGCUUCUCUGACUCCGCUAUUGCAAAGGAAUUGAAAAUGAAAAGAACAAAAUGUCAAAGAGUGUGUGGUAAUGUUAUGGCACACUCUCACAAACAAGAGCUCAUUAACAUCUUGAAGCAGAACAAGUUGAGCAUUCUUGUGGAUGAAUCCACAGAUAUAUCGGUCUGUCAGAAUUUAUGCAUCAUGAUUAUUUUUGAUAGUAGCAGCAGAACAGAUCAGGAAGAGAUUUAAUUUCGCAGAUGAAGUCCUUUCAAGAAUGCACAUGCUGGAGCCAGCCAGUGUUCUAGGCAUCCAGGGCAAAGUGCAAGAGCAAAGUUUGGUGCCCCUCGCGACACACCUUCCCCGAAUCAUUGCCCACGAUGAUUCUACCUUCCAGCAACUGCACGAUGAGUGGAAGAGGCUUGCCGUAGAAGAUCUGCCUGAAUCCAUUACCAACAUGGCGAAAAAGUGGACAAAAGCAAUUACAACCAGCCUGAUAAAUUUUGGUGUGCCAUAAAAACUCUGGAGGAUAGUGAUGGAAACCCCAAGUUUAAGCUUGUUUCAGACCUUUCACUACGAUGUCUUUCUUUGCCUCAUGCUAAUGCUGACUGUGAGCGCUGCUUCUCUAGUGUAAACCGUGUGAAAACAAAAGACAGAAAUAAGCUAAUAACAGAAACCGUAAGAGACAUCAUCCUAGCGAAGCAGUGUGUUGCUUCCACAUCCAGCAGUGACUGUACGACCUUCAAGCCAUCAAUCAAAGUCAAUGAUAAAAAACAUGACAUCAAGCGUGCUAUAUUCCUCCAGUGAAGAGAGUGCCGGGGCUGCUGACGACGUGCCGGAUGUAUAUAUAGAAGAACAAGACCAGUAAUCUCCUACAUAGUAAGUAAACAACUUAACGAAGUGUCCUGUAGUUUUUCUCCAAUUAUUAAAGAUAUGUAUUUAGGAAAGUGUUUUGUUUGUUAAGGGCAUUGUUGUUUUUUUCAUUACUCUCUCUCUCUC